UCCUCCUCCUCCUCCUGCCGGGCGGGGCGGGGGUCGGCAGUCCCGGCGCGCUGCCGCCGCGUGGAGCCGCGCUGCGUGUCCCCGAUCCCAUAUCCCCCAUCCCAUAUCCCCCAUCCCAUAUCCCGUAUCCCCGGCCCCGGCUCCCUCCGCCGCCCCGAGCCGUGCCCCCGCUGCGGGCCGGCGGCGCGGGGAUGGGCGCGGGGCUGUGAGCGCGGCCGCGAGCCGUGGCCAUGGGGAACAUCUCCUCCAACAUCUCCGCCUUCCAGUCCCUCCACAUCGUCAUGCUGGGCCUGGAUUCGGCGGGCAAGACCACGGUGCUCUACCGCCUCAAGUUCAACGAGUUCGUUAACACCGUGCCCACCAUCGGCUUCAACACCGAGAAGAUCCGGCUCAGCAACGGGACGGCCAAGGGCAUCAGCUGCCACUUCUGGGACGUGGGCGGCCAGGAGAAGCUGCGCCCGCUCUGGAAGUCCUACAGCCGCUGCACCGAUGGCAUCAUCUACGUGGUGGACUCAGUGGACGUGGACCGGCUGGAGGAAGCCAAGACGGAGCUGCACAAGGUGACCAAGUUCGCGGAGAACCAGGGCACCCCGCUGCUGGUCAUCGCCAACAAGCAGGACCUGCCCAAAUCGCUGCCGGUGGCCGAGAUCGAGAAGCAGCUGGCCCUCCACGAGCUGACCCCUUCCACCACCUACCACAUCCAGCCCGCCUGCGCCAUCAUCGGCGAGGGGCUGACGGAGGGCAUGGACAAGCUCUACGAGAUGAUCCUCAAGCGCAGGAAGUCCCUCAAGCAGAAGAAGAAGCGGACAGACAAUAGUGGUGAUAACAAAGCGGCUCCCGCCAGCCGAGCCCAGAUCCCGGAGCUCCCCUCUCCCACCGCCCCGUGCUCCUGAGGGUCUGAUCCGGACUCCUUUGGGCUGGAAACAUGGAAAAACGGGAUGAAUCCCCCCUCUCCAUCCUCCGGGACCGCCGAGCCUUUGUGUGCCGGGGAACCAGCAGGGCAGGACCUUGUUGGAGUGCGUUCGAGCGGAGCCCAGCGUGCUUUUGGAUCUUUAACGUGGGCAUUUGGGGGCAUCUGGGGUGUGGAUGCCAGCCCCCCACAUGCAUUUUGGGGCGGGGGGGUCGAUGCUGCGGAGGGUGGGGAUGCACCGUGGCUCGGCAAGGUCAGCGGGGAGGGGGCUUGCAGCCCUUGUCCCUGCAUCCCCGCAUCCCUGGAUCCCUCCCCCGCGGGCGGCGGUGGGAAGGGGUGUUGCAAGCUUGGAGGGAGAGGGGGGUUGGACCAGCAGAAAAUGUCUUAGUGGGGUGGGUGUGAUGGGUAAGGGGACAUUCACCCACCCUGGCUGGUGUUUUAGGGUGCAGAGCAAGGACGGGCAGCCUUUGGGUUGGGGGAGAGGAUGCGACACUGGGGUGCUGAGCAGCUGCUGAGUGGUGCAGAGCUUCAAGCUCUUGGCUCAAAAAAAAGGGUGAAAAAAAGGGAAAAAAAAGCACCCAAGAGUUUGGGGUGAACACUGCUGGAAGCGCUGGGGGGGUUGUGCAGGACCCCCGUUUCUCAAAGGCUCGGUGGUGUCACCUCCUGCAGCAAAGCCCCCGCAGGCGUGCAUUGGCCUCGUGCACAGGGUGCCCCCAGGUGCGGCUUUGGAGGUGAUCCGGACUAAGGGUCGCUUAGUAAAACCCCCCAAAAAGGCAGAGUUUGGGAUUCUGGCUGCUGUGCUGCUCUGCAGUGGGGCAGGAGGCCAAG